UGCUUUGAAUCUGAUGAAUUAAUUGUUUUCUUCUUCGUCGGGCUAGUUUGCGAUACCCACCACUUUGGUGGACACUCUAUCGAUACAAGACACACAGCUAAGAUGUUCUCUUUACAAACCGUUGCACACCAGGUGUUCGACGAUUUGUCUCUGUGAAACCUCACCGUUUAGUUUCCAUCAACGAUUGCAGAACUGGUCUAUUUCCCUUCAAUGGCUUUUAUGGUUUUGAGAAGAAACUGUCUCCGUUUGCUGGAUUCCACCUCCGUUUUACGACCAGCAUCACAUUGUUUUUUUUCAUCGAGAUACUCCAAUAGCGGAACUAGGGAAAAAGAUUCAGUGGGUGAAAACGUUAUUGGUUUGAGUGGCUGUGGUAUAGAAACUGUGGAUGAUGAGUCUUGGCAUGUCUCAUCAUCUUUAUCACAAGCCUGGAGACAAUACCAAGCUGACAACACUCCUAAAAACUCACCCUUUACAAUACAACAAGGAAGAGAAACAACAAUGCUUGAUGAUGAAGACGAUCCGGAUCAUGAUCAUGAUGAAAUUGAUAAUAUGAGAAUCCGCGGUGAUCUUUUCUUCAAGCUAGAUCGAGGGUCAAAAGAAUUCGAGGAAUACAACUACGACUUCCACCGCAAGAAUCAACACAAGAACGCAAGAAAAGAUCAAAACCAAGAAGAAGAAGAAACAAAGAUGAAGAAGAAGAAGGAAGUUCGUGAGGAAUACAAGAAGAGAAAUGAGCCGAUGAUCAACUCUUUUACCGGCGAAACGGAUCAUCCUUAUAAUGCAGUAGCUGAGAAGAAGAGAGAAAGAACGUUUACGUUUAACCAACUCACAGCACCUUUUCACUACCCGUUUUGCUUAGACAUAUACAUCUCAAAGGCCUCGGUUCGAGCAUGUGUGAUUCACAGGGUGACUAGUAAGGUUGUCACUGUAGCUCAUUCCAUUUCAAAAGACAUGAAGUUCGAUCUUGGCUCGACUAGAAACGCUGAAGCUUGUGCUGCGGUUGGUGCAGUUCUUGCUCAAAGAAGCUUGGAAGAUGACAUACAUGAUGUUAUAUAUACUCCUAGGAAAGGAGAUAAAAUUGAAGGUAAGCUUCAGGUUGUGCUUCAAGCUCUCAUUGACAAUGGUGUUAAUGUUAAAGUGAAGCUUAAGCAGAGGAAACUCAAGAAGAAGAGUAAUCAUCUAACAUAAGAGGUUCUUCUUUCC